AUGAGUGGGGCAACGAUCCCCGUCAUCGACGACAUCUCCAUCCUAUACUCCGAGCCCAAGUUGGCCAGCGCACGCGCCCGCUGGGCCAGCCUCGUCCACGACUUUGAACAGCUCUACGGUCGUGUGCCAGAUUUCAUUGCCCGCUCCCCCGGUCGUGUGAACCUCAUUGGCGAACACAUCGACUAUGCAGGAUUCGGUGUCCUCCCCAUGGCCAUUGAGGAUGACUGCCUCAUCGCCGUCGCCAUCGACAACACUGGUUCUGACUCUACCGUCAAGAUCUCAAACACCAACAGUGCCAAAUACCCUGCCUUGAAGUUUGUCCCCAAACCCGCUGCCCAAGGUUAUGUCGAUAUCGAUCCUCAGGCUCACGUCUGGUCAAACUACUUUGCGGCUGGGUACCGUGGCGUGUUGGAGGAUCUGCAGAUCGAGAAGCCCAAGGGGAUGCUUUGCUUGAUGAGCGGUACUGUCCCUGCUGGUGCUGGUCUUUCGUCUUCGUCCGCGUUUGUCUGCUGUGCGGUCAAUGCCACCCUCAAAGCUCAGGAAUCGCUUCUCCCAGUAGGAAAGACCCCCACGGCCCACGAGUUGGCCAUCAUCUCUAUCCGGUCAGAGCGUUACGUCGGUACUAUGGGCGGUGGAAUGGACCAAGCCUGCUCGAUCCUCGCCAAACCAAACUCGGCCUGCUUCAUCGAGUUCCACCCCGUCCUCAAGGUCACCCCCGUCGCGUUCCCCACCACCAUCCCAUCCAUCGCCUUUGUUAUUGCCGACACCCUCGUCACCUCGGACAAGGCUGUUACCGCCCCGGUCCGUUACAACUUGCGCGUCGUCGAAACCCGUGGAGCUGCCAGGAUCUUGGCCUUGGCUCUUGGGAUCCCUAUCCCCGAGUCUGGCAAGCUUCACCUGAAGCAGGUCUUGGAUGCACACUUUAACAAGAUUGGAUACACUCCUACGGCGGGCAAGACCGAGGCUGAGAUCGACAUUGAGAAGCUGACCGAGAUGGGUCAGGUUGUUGAGAGAGUGUUUGGAACCGACGAGAUCAAGAAUGGAGUUACUUUUGAGAAACUGUGUGAGUUGUCACAGUUGUCUGAGGUCGAGUUCACAAGACUGUAUAUCCAGCAGCCCAUCCGCGCCGAGCGCUUCCAUCUCUACCGUCGGGCCAAACAUGUCUUUGGCGAGGAGAAGCGUGUGGUCGAGUUCAGGGAUAUCUGCGAGAAGGCUGAGGCCAAGAAACAGAGUGCUGAGACCGUGUUUUCUUUGUUGGGUGGGUUAAUGGAUGCCUCGCAGGGGUCCUGUCACGAACUGUUUGAUUGCUCCUGCGACCAAUUGGAGGAAUUGACAAAGUUGGCGCGUCGGUCGGGUGCCUAUGGCUCGAGGUUAACAGGGGCCGGAUGGGGUGGCGCGUCGGUGUCGCUUGUGCCAGAGGACAAGGUGCCGGCGUUCAUUGCCACGCUGAAGAAGGAGUACUAUAACAAGCACCAUCCUGAGCUUUCUGAGGAGGAACUCGACAACGUCGUCUUUGCUUCUGCCCCCUCCAGCGGUGCCGCCACCUUUGUCGGCCGUGUAUAG